AUGUCGAGACCGCGGUUUAUGUGGGUCACUAAUGGUGAUGUGUGCCCGUCAAAAGUGUCCAACUUAAGGCCACGAGAGAAGGGUAGAAAGAGGGGCGAUUCCACUAGAUCACAACCUUCAAGAAGUGGGCCAAGUGGGAAUCGGAGGCCAUCAAUUGCUCUGAUUGAAAUUGGAGGCAGCGAGACUGACUCCGAUGAUAACAUUCUGAGCAAGAAACUGAACGAUGAGGAUGACAUUUCACCAUCUCCGUUGAUUGACAGUGAUCGGGGCCUGAUCGAGAAAACCAUGAUCACCUUCAACGGGCUCCAACAGAGGCUAUUGCAUGUCAAUAGUGCCAUUGAGUCAGGUCGUAGUGCCAUUACACGACCCGAUCUGGUGGUUGGGGCAAUCAUGACCAGUAAAGGGUUAUAUGUGAAUAUGAGGAAGAUAUCGAGGCCCACCAAAGGGGUCACAAUCGGUGAUAUCUUCUUCUUCAGAUAUGAGAUAUCCUUGAUUGGAUUGCAUUCAACGGUGAUGGAUGUGGUCGAUUACAUGAGCCUUAAGUUUGGAAAUGAAGAAGACAUCGUAGCCAUUAGUUUGGUUUCUGGGCCCCAAAAAGAUGAUCUGGACGAUCCAGAUGUGAUGGUUUACAUGGAGCUGAAGGUGGUCAGUGAUCGUUCACUCCAGAGCGGCAAUCUGGCCUUAGAGAAGAGCAUCUAUCGAAAAAAUGAGAUCAGGGUCAUCCGUUAUAUGAAGAAUCAAACUACUCCAACGGGCAGGAUCUACGUUUAUGAUGGCCUCUAUAAUAUACAAGCGACUUGGAUAGAUAGAUCCAAGGGCCACGCCAUUUUCAAGUACAAAAUGCUAUGGAUCUUGGGCCAUCCCAACGACAUUGUGAUCUGGAAGUCCAUCCAACGGUGGAAAGAGAAUCUUAUGUUGAGGCCUGACAUGAUCCAGUCUAACCUAUCGGGCAGGAUGGAAAAUCUACCCGUCUAUCUCGUGAACAACGUUAAUGAUGAGAAGGGCGCCACUCAUUUCAAAAAUAGUCAUAGAGUCAAUUACUUGAGUCCCAUAAACUCCAAGAGAUCAAGGGUCAGAUGCAACUGCAAGGGUACGUGUGUCCCGAGCAAUCCCAACUGCCAUUGUGUGAGAUCGAACGGUGGAUAUCUCCCAUAUGGCCCGGCUGGGGUGUUCAUGAGCUGUAAACCAUUCAUAUACGAGUGUGGGGCCAGGUGUUUGUGCUUGUCAAAUUCUAGAAAUAGAGUGGCUCAUAAGGGUGUAUGGUUCAGAUUGGAGGUUUUCAAGACGAAAAAUAGAUGA